ACGUAACAGGAUACUUCAAGAGCGUUUUCAGCAUUCAGGUGAGACAAUUAGUAGACAUUUUAAUGCAGUCUUGGAUGCUAUUGUUGCAUUGGCAGAUGAUUUUCUUGUACCAGCAGGGCCUGAUACCCCCACUGAAAUCUUAGAAAACCCAAGAUUUUAUCCAUACUUCAAGGAGCCAUUGAUGGAACACAAAUACCAGCAAUGGUUGGUCUCGACGAACAAGUCCCUUUUUGGUGCAGAAAAGUGUUCAUUUCGCAAAAUGUUUUAGUAGCUUGUUCCUUUGACUUACAGUUUCAGUAUGUUCUAGCUGGUUGGGAAGGCUCGGCUGCUGAUUCACGCAUACUAGAUUCAUCUCUAACAAGAUGCGAUAGAUUAAUUGUGCCCGAAGGUAAAUUUUAUCUCGCUGAUGCAGGAUUCGCCAAUAUGCCGCAGUUUAUUACUCCAUAUCGUGGUGUCCGUUAUCACUUGAAGGAAUUUGGUGGAAAUCGUCCAAAAUGUGCAAAGGAAUUAUUCAAUCUCCGACAUGCAUCGUUACGGAAUGCAAUUGAACGUGCUAUCGGUAUACUUAAAAGACGCUUCAGUAUUUUGCAACUGCAGCCUCAAUAUCCAUUCGAAUCACAAGUGAAAAUUGUACUUGCAUGUUGCAUCCUUCAUAACCACAUCCGCAGAGAGUGCAUUAAUGACUUGAUUUUCGAUGAUGAGAACUUACAAAACCUACUAAACCGAUCCAAUAAUGCAACAAGACAGUGA